CACGCCUAUACGGAAACAAUCUGCUGCUUUCUAAACAAGUCUCCAGUCCACUUACACCUCUUCAGACAUGGCCUCAGCCAACAGCCUUCUGUAUGAAGAACAGCUUCUGUGUUCAAUCUGUCUGCAAGCAUUCAAUGAGCCUGUCUCUACUCCAUGCGGACACAACUACUGCAAGUCUUGUAUCACAGAGUACUGGUCCACCACUAACCAGAUACAGUGUCCGCUCUGUAAGAAGAAGUUCCGCAAAAGACCACAGCUUCAGGUCAACACAGAGUUCAGAGAUAUGGUGGAGCAUUUCAACAACAUGAGGGUGAGUGGUGCAGAGGAGAUCCUUGCCAAACAAGGGGAAGUGCCCUGUGAUGUCUGCCUUGGGCUAAAGCUCAAGGCCCAGAAGACAUGCCUGGUGUGUUUGGCCUCAUACUGCCAGUCUCACCUGGAGCCUCAUCAGAGAGUCCCAGCCCUUAAGAAGCACAAGCUGAUCGACCCUGUGUCAAACAUGGAGGACAAGAUUUGCAAGAAACAUGACAAGAUGUUUGAGCUCUUCUGUCGCUCGGACGAGAUGUGUGUUUGUUUCAUGUGCUUGAAGGAUGACCAUGUAAUGCAUGAAACUGUCCCAUUAGAACACAUUUUCAAAGAGAGGAAAACGUGGCUUACAACAGCGAUAUCAGAAAUAAAAACAAUGGAAAUCACUAAAUCCACGAGUUAUAAGGGAAUCCAAAACUCACUUGAACAGAGAAAGAAAGAGUCAGAGAAAGAUAUAGCAGAGAUUUUGGAGGUAUUCACUGCUCUGGUGGCCUCCCUUCAAAGAAGGCAGACUGAGCUGAUUGAUUUGAUCCAGGAGAAGCAUAAAGCAGCAGAGAAGAUGGCUAAAGACCACAUGGCAAAGCUUGACCAAGAAGUCACUGAGCUGAAGAGGAGAAGGUCUGAGAUGGAGCAGCUUUUGCAAACAGAGGACCACCUCCACCUACUGCAGACCUGGGCCUCCAGCCAGCAUCUACACAACCCUCUGUCAGAUUCCACUAGUCCAUUUACACAUGACACCUCUGACAUCAGUCAUCAGGGCUAUGUGGGGAUGGUGAAAGAUGCAGUGGCUGAGAUGGAAGAUGAGAUGGAGACACUUAUUCAAGAAGUCAAGUUGUAUGACACAGCUGGAAAACAGAUGACAGAUGAGUUAAUUGAAGAAGUGUGUAGUCCGCCUCCAGACAGAUUGAUGAUGAUCCAGCUACAUGAUGCAGUAGAUGUGACCCUGGAUGCCUACACAGCCCAUUCAAAACUUACAGUGUCUAAGGAUGGGAAAGAACUGAGAUUAAAUGAAGGCAAACUGUUGUUACCAUCUUUAUUUGCAAGGAGAUUUGCAAUUCAACCCUUUGUCCUUGGGAAAGAUGGCUUUUCCUCAGGCAGGUUCUACUAUGAGGUUCAGGUCAGUCAAAGUACCAGAUGGGUCUUAGGAGUUGUCAAAGAAUCCAUUAACAAGCAGGACUAUCUGUUUCUAUGCCCUGAGAAUGGAUGCUGGACAAUUUCUGGAGCAUCAGGUCAAUUUGGCCGGCAAUUUUCCCCCAACACUGCAAGUGUUAAUUGCCCCCACUACCUGAGCCACUCCCAGACAGUUGGUGUGUUUGUCGAUUAUGAGGUGGGAGAGGUCUCCUUCUAUGAUGUCGACACCAGGACUCCGAUCUUGUCCUUCACAGGUUGUACCUUCACUGAGCCUGCACCACCACUGACGGCUCUCCUACAUACAUUUACUGGCACUUCCUCAAGGAGCAGACCGAAGCUCUACCCUUUUUUUGGUAUGUUUGGGGAUUAUGAUGAUUCACUUACAAUCAAUCCAUUAGGCCACGCAGUUUGAGGUGCCACAUACACCAAGGAAAAUUAUGAGUAACUUCUAUCAUUCAUUCAGUCAUUUUAAAGUUCUCAUUCAUAUAUCAGUAUUGUUUGUGGUCCACCAAUCUGAAGAUCAGUAGUAGAGUACAGUCCAUUUACCAUUUACAUAUCUCUUCUUUGUUGCAACCUUCAGCAUUUUUUGGGCAAAGCAAUUCAAGUAGUUGACCAGCAGGUGGCACCAUUGUUUCACCAAUGUUUAGGUCUGUCUCUGAGAGAGGCUCGGGGGGAAGGAACAGAGAGUGGAUGAUGGUAUCAUCAUGGGAACACAACUUAAUCUCAUUGCCACUUUAAACAAUGCUUUUACUGUAUAUGUGCAUAUAACGUGUCUAAAAAUAAUUUAAAUUAUGAGAUGGUACUCUGAAUAUUAUGUUUUGAUCUCAUCAUGUGAAAACUACUGACUCGAGUUUCCACAGUUCAUUCUUUUUUAAAUGGCCAAGCUUGGUUUUUAAAUGCUAAAUCUGGUCUGCUUGGGCUUUAGGCCUGCCAAAAUAUCUGCUAAAUGAGUUGUAUGAGAUUUAUUUUGCAGCAGUUUCUUUGUUUUUUUUCUGUUUCUUCAGAUUACAUGAACUGUAACUCUUUUUCAAUAAAGCACUAUUUCCUGCUUAUUCAAUUCACACAUCAACUGCAUUGGAAAAGUGCAAAAGUGAAGUUGUUUUCUACACAUCUUUACACUGAGACAUAAUGAUUCUACUUCAACUGUACUGUAACCUACCUUUUAUUUUAUUUUUUUCUUUAUUAUUUAUUAUAUAAAGGUAUAUUGCAGGAAAAUAUAUCCCUAUAACAAUGCAUGAUUGAACACAGGCUGCACAUAAUUGAUUAUGGGAAAAACGCUAAAUUUCUUUACAGCAAUAAAAUACAUAAAAGUGACUAAUAUACACAGUGAAUGUUUGUAGGGAGCACUGGUCCAGCACUUCUGGUGUGUUUCUCUCAAGGGAACUUUAGCCAGCAGGCUAUUUAUACCUCAGCUGUCUGACUGACUGGCGCCCUGGGAACUGGAAGUGUGUGUGUGUGUGUGUGUGUGUGUGUGUGUGUGUGUGUGUGUGUGUGUGUGUGUGUGUGUGUGUGUGUGUGUGUGUGUGUGUGUGUGUGUGUGUGUGUGUGUGUGUGUGUGUGUGUGUGUGUGUGUGUGUGUGUGUGUGUGUGUGUGUGUGUGUGUGUGUGUGUGGUCAGUGCCUUGCUGGAAGAAUUUUUUUAGGAUGAUGUGUAAUUAUCUGUGAGACAUAAAGAGACCUGGGUGAUCACAGUGAGUAGCUCUGAAACCUACCAUAUACUGUGCUGAUGUUGGUCAUUCAGUCUUCUAAUACAGACAAAGAAGACAAUUGGAUGACCUUGAUAACCUUGACACCACUAUGU